AUGUACACAGGUCAGUUCUUUUGCGGUGCUUGCUAUGAUGCAGACGUAUUGAAGAGGUGCACUAAUGUGCAAAAAACGAUCGAGUCUCUCGAUUUGAGUCAGAUGCGCCUUUCCGCAAUUCCUGGCAAAGACAUUCCCAGCAAGCUCGGUGCAAUCAUUGCUGAUAUUCUCGGAAUCAGCAAAUUCGACUUUAUCGCGGUCCCAGACGAAUGUCUCUACCCGGCCUUCGAUCCGUCUCUCACUAGAGUCCCAAGCCCAGUACCAAGCGAGUACUUCAUCAAGAGGCCUUAUCCCGUUUGUCAUGAUGGAAAGGACACCUUCGACGCCCGAUCGGUUCUACAUGAGGCUAAGGUUGGAGAGCUCCUGGCCAAGAACCCCCAUCCAAACAUUGCCCAGUACCGGGGAUGUGAGGUCGUUGAUGGCAAGAUCCGAGGUCUUUGCUGGGAUCGGUACGCCAUAACUCUGCAUGACCAUGUAAGAGAAGGCAAGCCUAUCGACGCUGAACGCUUCCUGCGUGGUGUGGAAGCUGGUCUGCGCCAUCUUCACUCUCUGGGUUACUGUCACAAUGAAAUCGACGACAGCAACGUGAUGCUCGACGAUGAUGGCGACGCUGUUAUCAUUGACUUCAAGGCAUGCAUACCACACGGGGAGAAAUUAUUCAAAUGUGGCGCGCAUCCUGGCUACUCUUUGGCAGGGAUGGAGUUUUCUGAUCCCAAGAACGAUGACUAUUCUCUGAACCACAUGGCACAAGAGUUGCUUUAUUGGAACAUAGUGAACGAUGGUCAAUAA